AUGGGGUGGCCACUAUGGUUGGCCACUCUCCUCCUCACAACACAAUCGAUGAGGAUCGACCCUGAAAGGAUAGCGGCAAGAAUGAGAAUUGAGCAAGAAAUCGAGGAGGACAGAAUUCGGGCGGCGAUCCAAAGGGAUCCAAGCCUAGCUCGAUCUCGGCGACAACUUGCCACCCCUAAGGAAAUUCAAAUCCAGGUCACCGCUCCCCUCUUCUCAUCCAGAUUAUUUGAAUACGGCAAAGAAGCUGGGGACCAAGAGGUGAGAUUCUUCCCCAAAAUCUUGCCAUUCUUGAUCAGGGAUCAGAACCGUCUGGAUUUAUUCAUUUCGGUCAAGUGGUGGGAAAUGCCGGUGCCCCGGUCGUUGGAUGUGGGCAAAAAAUUGGAGCUGACGCAAGGGUUACGGUACUUUGGCGAUACGUUCAAGGAGAUUUAUGUGCUCUCAAACGGAGCCCUCGGCUUCGAAAGCGUAUCCCGAUCCCACCGAGCCCACAUUUUCACCCAAGGGCCCAAGCUAAUCGCCCCGUUCUGGAAUCGCAACGAUUUGAGGAAUGGUGGCCAUGUUUGGUAUCGAGAAGUAACUCGUGGCCGCGUUCUUGAACGAGGACAGUCGGAAAUUCGUUACCAAUAUGAUAAGAACGUAAAGGUCCGCGCUGCCAUCGUUGUCACCUGGGAGAAAAUGCAACCGCUUGGGACUACGAUUUUGCCAGAUGAGAAUACCAACACUUUCCAAGCUGCCCUCUUCAUCACGGACAAUGGCACUUUUGCCAACUUUAUCUACAGUAAUGUUGGCUGGACCCAAGGAGCCGAGGCCGGAUUUAACAAGGGCGAUGACUCUGGGGAUCACUACUCCCUGCCCUCAUCUGGCUCCGAGAAAAUCAUGUACUUGGAAGAAUACGGAAACACGGGUAUCCCGGGUGAAUGGAUGUUCGAGCUGGGAUCGGAUCGGGUUCUCCGCUGCAAGCCCGGCAUCAAGGGGGACACUUGUGAUCAAGAGUGUACACAUGGCGAGUGGGGUGCUGAUUGUCACAAUUGUUGUCACUGUUCUACUGGCGCCUGUGAUAUUGUCAAUGGCGCCUGCAAAGCCGGAUGUGCCGAAUGCUGGACCGGCAUUUCAUGCAGUACAAAAAGAGAUGGCUGCCGAGCAAGAAAUCAGCCAACAUGUGCGGCGAAUGCUCUCUCAUACAUGGAUAAAGACAGAUGUGGCGAACCAACCCCAAAAUGUCAAUGUCUGGCCGGUUUCGUUGGCGAUGGCUACAAGAAAUGCGAAGACAUCAACGAGUGCAGCAAUAAGAACGUAUGCCACGAGAAAGCCACCUGCACGAAUACACCCGGCCGAUUCUUCUGCCAAUGCAUCGACGGCUUUUUAGGCGAUGGUGAGACAUCAUGCGUGCCAGCCCUAUUAUAUCCAAGUGAAGGACAGCGAGUGAUGGCCAAGGGCAAGAGUGUAAAAAUGCCAUUCGCCCUUGAAAAACCAAUGAUGCUGUUUGGAUCAAUGCAAGAUUCGUUGACAAUCAGCUCCAAUGGCCUGAUUGCCGUCGGGGAAUUCACCAAAUCAGCUUCAGAGCUGCUUCACCUUGAUGAUGUCGGCACUGCAGCCGUCGCUCCUUUCUACGCACCAAUAGAUCUUUCCAAAGGCGGAAGCAUCACUGUAUCACAAGUCAAAGAAACCCCUGUCCUUACUCGAAUCGCCGACAGUAUCUCAUCGGCCCUUGGCGAGCCGUUCGGUCUCGAGUCGGCGGUUUUGGUUUCUUACAAUAACGUCACUGAUGGGCGAAGCAAGCGUGGAAACUCCUUCCAAGCCGUCCUGACUUCUGGCCAGAUCGGUGGUACACCGGCUACUUUCGCGCAGCUGCUUUAUAAGGAUUUAGUCUGGAAUCGUGGGGCUGAGGCCGGAAUUGUGUCACCCGAUCAAUCGAAUUCCAUUUCGUUACCUGGUUCCGGCUCCGAUGGUGUGGAGCUUUUGAAUCAGUUGACAAAUGUGAAACAACCAGGGGUCUGGCUCUUCCAAAUCGACAAAGAAAUCGUACCCGGGUGUGUGAGGCCUGAGCAACAGCCACCGUAUUGCGAAACCGAGUCCCAGACUCAACACCCAACGCUUGCUUCUGCGCCGUCGUCAAGGAGGAUGACUCCUUCCUUCCCAAUCGCAACUUCGGCAACUACCACGGAAGUAUCGCGUUCGAUUCAAGCAAGACCAGAGCAACGCCUACGGCCUGGCCCUCGAUUCAUUGAACCAGAAAUUGUAAAAGCUCCAGUAGCAUCUCGCCCCCAUCAAGACGAAUUCCCUAUGCCCGAACCCCCUCGAACCACAACAUUGCGCCCCAAGCCAAUAUUCAACAGCACGCCUCACAAGCCCUUAGUCUCCAUUUCUGACGCCGACAUCAAUGAAAUUCCCCCAGACGUCUUUGAGGUCACAUUCCCACCCUUCGUCACCGUAAUCCCAGAAAUUUUCACUCAACGCCAAAAAGUGCAACGGCCCGACUUCAGCUCCGCCAGACAGGGAAUUCAAAAAAUUAACGAAAACAUCCCGACCGUUCCUACAAUCACCGAGGCCACGAGGUUCCCCAUUGAAGAGGAGAAUUCGAUCGAGCCGUUUGCACCAAAGGCUAAUGAGGGGCAUUUCGCACUUCCGGCACCGCAGAGACCGAUGGAGGCGAAGAGGGUUCAGAAGGUUGAGGAACCACAACCAAACACUGUCCUACCACAGUUUCCGCAUUCUCAAACAUCACAAACCGAAGAACGAAUCGAACCUACGGUACCAACAACCACCCUCGGAAUCCGGAAUCGCAUCUUUGAACUCGACCAUCAUGAUGCCACCCUCCCAAAUUUGGUCACUGGAGACCCGGAGGAUGCGGAUUUUGACGAAGAAACCACAAAGCCAACAACACCAGAAAUUGACCUAUCAUUGCUGUUUGCAAACCGUCCAGGCACAAAGUCACCCAACGAGAACAGUAACAUUGGCACCGAGGCUACCACAGCUGCUGAGCACGUUCUCGUCUUCACCACAAAACCGCCGCUGCGGCCAUCUGCCACCGCUGUCAAGAGUCCAAAGCCCACACGGCCUCCAAACCAAGGCUUGGUCACAGCACCAGCGUCGGUUCCAGAAAACACUUUGAAAGCGCGAGAAGCUGCCAACGCCGCUGCGAGUCGCAUGGCGGUGAUCAUCCCGGCAUCAAUUGUGGCUGCCUGGCUAUUGAUUCUACUCUGUAUCGUCCUGUUCUUCUUCUGUAGGAGGAGGAGAUCAUCAGAACGCCUACAUGCUUUAUACGGGCCGUCGUAUUCCGUUCGGCCUGUUGGUGGUUAUAAUGUAAAGCGGAAUAGCCAACACCUCGAUUAUGAAGACCAUUUGGAUAAAGCAGCCCGAAUAAGCGCUGAGAUGAAUGCGUAUAACCAGAACGGACGUGUCUCGUUAUACGGCUCAUAUUGGAAUCUGCAAAAUGCGUCGCCGUCGAGCAGUCAGAAUUCACAAAGGCAAAGUCCGCACUUGAACACCGCUGCGGCGUAUCAACAGACGGGCCGUUUUGCCUACACCGGACGAUAC